AACAUGUCGGUUCACAUCUCGUGUGAGUUGGUACUAAUAAGUAGUUUCCGCCGGUCGACAAUGUGGAAGUAAGAAAGUUAUCAAGUGUACAGGCAAUGGCUAUGCAAACUGCUGUUGUCUAUGGCCGUUUGAUUGCUUCACAUGCCAGGCAAUUUGUGGCACCGCUUCUGAAACGACAGAGCUCUUCGAAGCUUCAACUCAUCACCGCGAGUUGUGGGUUUUCAAAAGAUCUUGCCCCGGGAAAAAGCAAAUUCUUACAUGGAGAAGAUGCCUUCUUUAUCGCCCAUAAUAGUGCCUCUGACGUGCUAGGGGUUGCUGAUGGAGUGGGUGGAUGGCGUCAGUAUGGAAUUGACUCUUCUCUCUUUUCAAGUGCUCUCAUGGAAAGCUGUAAAAGAUUUGUGAUAGAAGGAGGGCUUGAGACACCAUCCCCAAUAAAUGUUAUCAAAGCAGGAUUUCAAGAGUUAACAGAGCAUAAAGAGCCACUAUUUGGUAGCAGUACUGCUUGUAUAAUGGUUCUGGACAAGAAAAGCCAGAUGCUUCAUUCAGCAAAUCUUGGAGAUUCUGGAUUUUUGGUGAUCCGCCAAGGUUCAGUUGUGCACCAGUCAUCUGAGCAACAACAUUACUUCAACACUCCUUAUCAGCUGGCAAUCCCACCCCCCGGACAAGCUGGAGCUGUCAUAGAAGACAGCUUGGAUGCAGCAGAGAGUACUUCCUUCAGUGUUGAACAUGGAGAUUUAAUUGUGUUGGCUACAGAUGGCUUGUUUGAUAAUGUAUCAACAGAACAAAUACUUGAGCAAUUGUCACAACUUGAGGACCACAGCACAGAAAGUAUACAACACAUUACAGACUCACUGGCGAAUUUAGCGAGAACCUGUUCAUUUGAUCCAAAUUAUUUAUCUCCAUUUGCCCAGCAAGCUAGAGGUGAAGGUAUAAACAUCACAGGGGGAAAACCAGAUGACAUCACAGUCCUUAUUGCUGUAGUGUCAGAGAUUGGAGAGGACACAGAUACCUGAUAAUAAUUCACCUCUCUUUAAAGAAGAAGUGAUUGUACUUUUGCUACAUCCACCUCUUGUAAAGCAGUGGUGCAUUCUCUGGCUCAAUCUUUGGUGAGCAUUCAGUUAUUUCACAUACAAAUACACCCUGUACACCUAUACAUCAGUUAUUUCUUUAGUACCACUAAUUUCCAUUAUUGUAUUUUCACAAUCAUGUAAGGGUAAAUAUUGAAUAGCAAUUCUAUGAGGAGAUGUAUAUAAACAAUUGUUUUUUUUGUUACUCAUGUAGUGCAUAGUGUAACAUUUAAAUCUAGUCUAUUUGUGAUCUCAUUCCACUUCUCAUCUGCAUAUCUCUAACCACCUCUUAGUUCACAGUCUUAUCAUGCCAGCUUUAUAAAACAAGAACAGUUGCUUUUUCUGA